GUUUGUUUCUUCAUUUGACUCAAAAGUUCUUACUAAAGAGUGAGUCACGGCAGACCCACAGGGGCUUGAGCCUACCGUGUCUUGGCUAACUGUCCGCACAGCCCGGCCUGCACAACUCAGUGGCAGGCAGGCUGUCUCUCCAGUUUCAUGUUUCCUUUAAACGUGUGACGUGCCCAGCAUUUCCCGUCAAGUCCGCCUCCGUUUCUCUGUGCUCGACUGGGGGGAAAGGGCCGCUCGUCGUUCUGCGUUCAUUAAAAUAAGAAACUUUAAUUUUAUAUACUUUUCUGUCUUGGUAUGGAAGUGAAUUAAAUAGCCAUCGUUCGCCGUGAAGGGCUUGUUCAGGUGGCCACAAAUGGAUUGAGGUUAAAGUGCAAGAUAAUGGAGGGAGUUGGCCUCUGGAAUAAAAAACCUCAUGGAGGCAGUGUUUGCACACUGCUUAUAUUGUUGUUGUUCCCCACCUUGGGUUUAACAAAACCACAGCCACUGGAGGAGGAGUGUCCUGUUGGAGAUUUUCGCUCUGAUGAUGGAAUUUGUUGCAACAAAUGCGCUCAAGGUUUUAGGUAUGUGGCAGACUGUCAAGCAGAGGGCCAAAGGACUAGCUGUAAACCCUGUGAGGAGGGAGAGACCUUUAUGGAUCAGAUGAACUACACUCCCAACUGUAAAAUAUGUAAACGCUGCAAAAAGUAUGAGGUGAUGGUAUCACCAUGUUCAAAGGAGCGUAACACUGUUUGUCGCUGUAAAACUGGUUUCUACAAAGAAGUCAUUGGUCCAGGAACAGAUCAGUGUAUCAAAUGCCAUUCAUGUGGACUUCGAGAAAUACAAACCUAUGCAUGUACCCCAGAGAACAACACUGUGUGUGAAUGUGAGAAGGGCUACUAUAGACACAAGACCCAGUGUUUACCAUGCAAGGAUUGUACAACCGACUGCAAGCUCCACUGCCCAACAACAGAUGUUAUUAAGAAACCUGCUGAGAACGAGCAUGAGUCCCUUAAGUUAGUGCUGGUUGGAGUUGGUGUGGUGGGGCUGGUGUUGGUAGUGGUGGUGGGGUUUGUCACCUACAAAACCACAAAGCAGCACACCAAGAGGAGACUGCUAAGCUCCUCCCCAACAUCUGACGUUUUCCCCGACACAAGUCAGAAUAUGCUCUGCAUUGAGAAACCUUCAGACAACUACAACAAUGCUGUUCCCUAUAGUCCUGUAAGUGACCAGGAGCCAUCCAGUCUACCUGACUGCAUCCCUCUUGAAAUUAAGUUCUCGGAGCUGAUCUACACGGUGCUCGAUCUGGUGCCCGUACCGCAGGUGAAGCAGCUGGUGCGCUCUCUGGGUGUGACCGAUACUGAGAUUGAGCGGGCAGAGGCUGAUCACCGGGCCUGCAAGGAGGCUCACUACCAGAUGCUGAGAAUGUGGGCCGAGAGGGGUUCACAGAGCAGGGGAGGAAGUUCAGGUGUAAUGCUGCACCGGCCCUUACUGCAAGAGCUGUUGGACAAACUGAGUAGCAUGCAGCUGGGAUGGGCAGUCGAGGAGCUGCAGACAAAGUAUGGCAUUCAGUAAGGACACAUUUGGCAUGCUGAUCAGCGAUGCUACACACUCCUCUACCAGUAUAUCCUCAAGCCAAGUAGAACAAAAAAAAUGAGACCAAGUGUCGCACUGAGAGGCUCUUUCACAAGCAUUCUUAAUCCAAGGAACAUGGUGCUACAGAUGCAAGCAAAAAUCAUAGUGAGCAGAGACCGUUCCGACUUUCCUGCAACCACAGUCGCUGAUCAGUCCCAGUCAUCCUGCAAGCUACCCACCAAGAUGGGAGGGCCAAAGUUAAAUCACUGAGAGGAUCAGAAGUCCAUUCAAAUGGUUCAUAAUGUAUUCCUAAUUUCAGGUAACUCACACUUUGUAAAAUUUUUUCAAUGCAGAAUAUUUUUUUAAACAUUUUUGAAAAGCUUUCUCCAAGCUUUGCUGGUAUUAACUAUUUGAUAUCUUCCACAUGUGGAUGUGGAAGAUGUACAGAAUAUUAGACAAUUCAUUUAUAAUGCCUGCUUGAUUUGUGUGAUGUUGUUUUGGGGACAGUGGUGGUAUUUUGUUUUUGUUUUUUUUGUUUUUUUUUAAUAUGUUCUGAAUGGUGUUUUUUUCAUGUUGUUAAUGUGAAUUAUGUAUAGCAAACAGCAGAGGAGGCAAAUCUAUCACCAGAUUAUUGUGAAUAGUCACUACUGUAAAUGUAUGAAACAGAAACUAUAACUGCCUCAUUAUCAUUUAUUGGCAAACUGGUUUCAUUUGCCACCAGCAAACUCAUUUAUGGUAACAACAAAAUGAGGGAGCUGCUGCCAGUGACUGAGGCCCAGACCCUUGCUACUGGUUUUUCAUGGCUCCAUUAGCAUUCCUUAAAACCCCAUCAUAGAAGCAUUAUUCACUACUAGGUAAGAGACAACAAGGCACGCCCUGUCUCAGUCCGUCUCAGCCUGAGAGCUUUCACAAUGCCAGUCUCAGCCUGGAGGCCUACACAUUCAUCCCAACAUGGCACAUGAGUCAAACGCAGACAGACGGGUAGAGGGCUCCUCCUCUCUGUGGGACACAUAUUAGUUGUGCAUUUGUAUCAUAAUAACACUUUUAUCACUUAUGAUAUUUUAUAAUCACGAAUUGUAAGGUAUUAUGGUAAAAUAGACACGGUUAUUGAGAGAAUAACUAUUCUCACCUUUUCAAUAAAUGCAUAA